CGUGUUCGAACGUACUAGGAGGUGCACAUCUGUAGUCUGGAGUGUUCCGUCGCCUGUCGUAAUAUACCCGUUCUUGCCGCUGAAAUUGUUUCGUAGUAUAUUUUUUUUGUGUGUGCCACAGAGCCGUCGCCGUGUUGCCUGUGGGCCCGAAGAACGAACCCUUGAGUUACUUUAAGUUGAGUUGAGUUGAGUGCCUGUGCCUGUGCAUGUGCCUGUGCCUGUGCCUGUCCCUCUGCCACAACAAAGAUUCCGGUAAUCCUAAUGCCGAAUCUGGCUAAUCGGUCGGCGGGUUUUGGUGACCGUUUUUUUUGUGACUGUGAACAGAGCCAGUAAUCGCACCGAGCGGUAUUCCGGAGGACACUAAUCGAAUCAGACUGUGAGGAGUCUCCUGCCACAUCGUAGUGUCAGGAGUGGAAGAUUGAUGCUGCAGCCCCACAUCUUCGAGAUACAACUUUAACAGACAGACAGACAGACAGACAGCGAGAAGAGUACUUUGCAACACCCACGAGGAAGAGGAAGUCAAUCAGUGGAAAUGGCUGCCUACACACAAUUCGGAUACGGAGGCUUUCCGUCGGGCUCUCAGCUCCUGCCGCCAAAUGCACAGGCCUCGGAGGACACUUCCCCGAAUGUGAACGAUGCAUCGCUGGUGAUGACAAACGCACCGGCGAUGAGCCCUACGGGAGGUGCGGCGGACUGCCAGACGAACCAGCAGGCCCCGGGUAGUGGCGGUGGCGGUGGUGAUGCCUCAUCGGGUGCCCUCAGUCCCAAUGCUCUUUCGCAGAACUCGAAUGCGGCGGCAGGAUCGGUGGUCGGGGGGGCGGCCGGUGGAGCCGCUGACCUGGCCACCGGGGGCUCCCUGGACGGCAACGGUGUGGGCACGACGCCCACAACGGGAAGCUCAUGCUGCGAGAACGGCCGUCCCAUAAUGACCGAUCCCGUCUCGGGGCAGACCGUCUGCUCCUGCCAGUACGAUUCGGCCCGUCUCGCCCUCUCCAGCUACUCCCGCCUGCCGGCGGCCAGUGUCGGGGUCUACGGCACGCCCUAUCCCUCGACGGAUCAGAACCCCUACCAGAGCAUCGGAGUGGACAGCUCCGCCUUCUAUUCACCGCUGAGCAAUCCGUACGGACUUAAGGAGACGGGAUCUGGCGCGGAGAUGGGAGCCUGGACAUCGGCAGGCCUGCAGCCCACAACGGGAUACUAUUCCUAUGACCCAAUGUCGGCAUAUGGCUAUGGGGCCAGCUAUGAUCUGGCUGCUCGCCGCAAGAAUGCCACCCGCGAGUCGACGGCCACGCUCAAGGCCUGGCUGAACGAGCACAAGAAGAACCCCUAUCCCACCAAGGGCGAGAAGAUUAUGCUGGCCAUUAUCACCAAGAUGACGCUGACCCAGGUCUCCACGUGGUUCGCCAAUGCCCGACGGCGCUUGAAGAAGGAGAACAAGAUGACCUGGGAGCCGAAGAACCGCACCGACGACGACGACGACGCCUUGGUGUCGGACGAUGAGAAGGAUAAGGAGGAUCUGGAGCCCAUCAAGGGAUCCCAGAGCAGCAGUUUGGCCAAAGAUGUGACCAAAGAGGAGGAGGAUGCCAUCGACGAGGAUCAGAAGUGCAUUGGCCAGGCGAACAUACUCCGCGCCGGCUUUGGGUAUCCCUCUGCCGGCCCCGGCCCCGGCCCCUACCAUGGCGGUGCCGGUUCCGGCGGUGGUCAUCCGGCUGGGUACCACCCGUACCACCAGCAUCCUGCCUACUACCAGCCACAGCAGGGCAUGCUGGGCAGCGCCUUUCACGGCGGAGCAGACGGUGGAGGCCUGGCCAACAAGCAGACGGAACACAGUGAUCCAAAAAACCAAUUAGGCCGGGACUGUGGCGUGCCGAUUCCAGCCACCAAGCCCAAAAUCUGGAGCUUGGCCGACACAGUUGGCUGCAAGACCCCGCCGCCGUCGUACAUGGGCCAGGGGCAGGUGCUGGCCCAGGGGAUGCCGCCGCAGCAGCAGCAGCAGCAGCAGCAGCAGCAGCAGCAGCAUAUGCAUCAGCAGUUGCAUCCGCAGACACUGCCGAUGGGGAACCAUCAUCUGUUCAACGGAGCACCCUAUUUACGGCCGCAUACCACGGCCUACGGGGGUUUUCUAGGGGCUACGACGCAGCAGCUCCAUACUACGAACAGUGCCCCGUACAACAGUACGCAGCUGCAGCAGCAGCAGCAGCAGCACAGCCAGCGGAGCAGCAGCACACACAGUUCCAGCGGCACACAUACGCCUACCAUCCAUACUACGGGAAAUUCGAACGGAGCUAUGGGCCUCCUGCCCCAGGCUCCAGCUCCGGCACAGCAGCCGCUUCAGUUCUCGGCCCAUCGUCAGGGACUCCAACACCCGCAUCCGCAUCCGCACUUGCAGCAGCAGCAGCAGCAGCAGCAGCAGCAGCAGCUGCCAUCUCAGUCAACAGUGAAUCCGCGGGCGAUGGGGUUUCUCGAAGCCCAACCCGAUACUCCACCCCAAACUCCGCCGAAUAUGAAAGUGUUGAACGGAGCUUUGAGUCUCCUUCCUACCGCUUCUCAAGCCCCUAUGACCGCUACUUGUCGCAGUAGCAGCAACAGCAACAGCAACAGUAUCGGCAACACCAACAUUAACGCCUUCAAUUUCGGCUCCAACUAUCCGAUGAACUUCUCGGCCCGUCUCGGUGAGUACUCCCCCAGAGAUGAGUACAGCAGCGGGAGCAGCAGCAGCUCCUCCUCGCCGCAGCUGCAGCGAAACGAGGCGGCCAUGUUCAAGCCGCUCUUCAAGAAGUAUACCAACUAAAUACCAACUAAGCUCAACGGGAACCUACAUAUUUACUAUUUGACUAACUGUUUAGACUCCAUGUGCACCAUGCUUCAGAGGUGCUUUACGGUUCUGACAUAGACAGAUAUCCAGAUUACUUAAUAUACAAGUGGCCGACGGGUUCGUGCAAAAAUAUAAUGAAUUGUGUAAUAUUUAAUAUUAA